UCACGCGACUAUGUCGACGAGAAUCAUAAACGUGAAGUGAAACACCAUAAAAUGGUUUCCCGUGCCGUGGAUCUCUUGUCUAAAUGUGCACAGUUUCGAGACGAAGGUCAAUUCAUCGACGUUCGCUUAAAAGUGCGUGAAGACAUCUUUCCAGCUCAUCGCAUUGUACUCGCUGCGAAUAGCGAUUAUUUCCACGCCAUGUUUACUGAUGGAAUGAAGGAGUCCAACCAGGACCUGAUCGAACUCAAAGAUGAAAGCAUUUCACCUGAUGCUUUAAAGAUUGUGAUGGACUCCAUCUACACUGGAGAUCUCCGUGUCAACGAGGAAAACGUGUUUGAAGUUCUCGCCGCAGCUGAUCAUCUUCAAGUUACAAGCGUUGUUCACCAAUUAUUCAGCCUUCUCAAUCGAGAUGACCUCAGUGCACCUUCGGAGACCUUCGUCUUCAAAUCAGUGAUGCAGUGGAUUAAACACAAGAAGGAAGAGAGGAUGGCAGUAGCGGCCAAAGUUAUCGGAGCUGUUCGUCUGGGGCUGGUGGAUAUCAGGGUUGUGAUUGAAAAACUGAAUACAGAGGAAAUGAAGCGAGUACCAGAGAUCUUCAUGCUGGUGUAUGAAACGUUGAUUAAUAACUACAUGCCUUCACAUAACUCUGCAUUUGCAGUGAAGAAAAGUAAACCGCGAUCAACAAGUCCGGCUCUGAUUGCAGUUCAACCUCAGGCGCAGAUGAAGUAUUUUGAUGUUGAAGCCAAAACAUGGAAACCACUGGCAUCCGCAAUACCGGCAAUUGAAGCAACUCAGAGUCACUGUGCAGUCUCUGUUGGUAGCAAGUUGUUUGUUGCUGGGUUUAAGUCCGUAAUCAGUUAUUACAUUUUUCAGUAUGAUACAGAAAGAAAUGUGUGGGAAAAGCUGCCUAGCCCAGAUGUUGUAAUCAGUAACUUAUGUGUUAUUGAUGAUCAUAUGUAUGCAAUUAGUGCUGAUUCANUCCUCAAUAGGUCAUUGGACUAUUUGUUUUCAAUUGAUGUUUCCUUUCACAUUUUAUUUCAGGUUCUGAUUGCAGUUCAAUCGAACGCGCGGAUGCAGUAUUUUGACGUUGAAGCCAAAACAUGGAAACCAUUGGCAUCCACAAUACCGGCAAUUGAGGCAGCUCAGUGUUACUGCGCAGUCUCUGUUGGCAGCAAGUUGUUUGUAGCUGGAAUGUACUCAAUCAGUUGUUGCAUUUUUCAGUAUGAUACAGAAAAAAAUGAAUGGGAAAGGCUGCUUCACGCAUGUGGUGAAAUCAAUAACUUGUGUGUUAUUGAUGAUCAUAUGUAUGCAAUUAGUGCUGAUUCAAAUCAGGCUCCUCAAAGAUACAGUUUUGCCAAACGUCAAUGGCAAAGUAUUGCACUAGUAGGUACAAGAGGCAAAAAUUAUCGCUCCAGCAAAAAUGGAGUAAUAAUGCAUUCAAAAGUGUUUGUACUUUAUGAAAAUAGAUCACAGUUGCCAUCUGCGAUUUUUUGCCCAGCAGUACUAAAUUGUUUUGAUCCAGUAAAGAAUGAAUGGAAAGUGAAAGCAGCAACCUGCCACCCUCACUUUGGAUCUAGUCUUCUUGUAGUAGACAAUAGGCUCUAUGUUGCAGGAGGAUGUGUUUCAAUGAACGUUAAUAAUUUCGGCCAAUACACCAGUUCAAGCGGUAACCCUGCACCUGUUGAAAUGUAUAAUGAGGAAAACAACACUUGGUCUGUUGUUGAACAAAAACACAUCCCCUCGAACAACCUUGGUGCAGUGGAAAUAGAAGGAAGAGUGUAUUUCAUAAUAAACAAUUUCCCAAUUGACAGUGGCAUAAGAAUUGCCCCAGGGGAGUUGUACCCUGUUCCUCUGGGGGAGUGGGAGAAUUUAGGAAACAUCUAUCGUAGUGCAGUCCUGGGUUAUUUGCCAGUGAAGCGAGAAAGUUUAAAAACAGAGUGAUUGCUUGCUAUUGUUAGCAAAAUUAAUAGAAUUCGACACUUCAGAGGUCAAAGUAUUUCUAUAGUUAAAUAGCUUUAAUGCAGUAUAAUGACCUAUCUAGAUAUCUG